AUGAGCCCUUCAAACCUCAGUCUCCGAUCCACCAAGCAACUACCGGGACAGCCUAAUGUUACCGCCAAGGCCAUCGCUGAUGCCUGGAAGGACCUUUACUCUGAAGAUAAAAACCCUGACGGCGUCAUCAACCUGGGAGUGGCAGAGAAUUCAUUGAUGCAAGAGUUCCUAGUCGAAAAAGUAAAGGAAAGCAUCUCUCGUUUUGAAGCUCGGCAUUUAAAUUAUCAAUCCUUGGGAGGUUCCAGUUCCUUCAAGGAAGCGAUGUGUCAUAUCUUGAAUCAACAUUUCAACCCAUUCACAUGUGUCAAGCCCGAACAUCUGAUUUCCGCAUCUGGCGUGACUGCAAUCUUAGCUCAGUUGAUGUAUGCGGUGUGUGAUGAAGGUGAUGGAGUCUUGAUUUCAAAGCCGUACUAUUCCGGAUUUAACCAUCUGGUCAAGCAAGGCGUCCAUCUGAUCGGUUUCGAGAUAGAGGAUCCCUUAGAUCCUCGUUGGGUUUCGCAAGCUCUAGAUCAAACUUAUUUGAACCAUCACGGCCAGCCUCAUAGGAUAAAAUCUGUGAUACUAUGCAACCCACACAACCCAAUGGGCUAUUACGUUCAGGAAGAGGUGUUAUCUACAUACGUCAGGUUUUGUGAAGCUAACGAUCUCCACCUGAUAGUAGACGAAAUCUAUGGCUUAUCAGUCUUUGAAGCGGGGCCAACAACGAAUAAUGAUGACCCUGCUCCUCAAAAAGUACCCGACAAGUUCAUCUCUGCUCUGUCAUUGGAUCCUCACCGACACAGUUUUGAUCCAAGUAGACUUCAUAUUUUAUACGGGAUCAGCAAAGAUUUUGGUUGUUGUGGUUUACGAGCAGGCGUUUUGAUCAGUCAACAUAAUUCCGACUUACUUCGACUCAUCACCGAUCUAAAUCUUAAUCAAGUGCAGGUCUCCUCCCUAACCGAAUUCUGUUUCUCAAACUUAAUCCUCAAUAAUAGUGAUCAUCCGGAUCAUCAGGAGUUUUUGGAGUCUUACUUAAUCGAAAGUAAAAAGCGACUCUUGAAAGCUCACCAGACAGUCACUGAAAAAUUGAAGGAAUUAAAAAUUGACUACAACAAUCCCUCAAAUGGCGGGUUUUUCCUAAUGAUUGACCUUUCAAGAUAUUUAAGAGAACCAUCCGACUUGAACAAAGACAAGCAAACAGCUGGGGGUUCAAGAACCGAAGAAGAAAAGCUCUUUCAAAUAUUAUUAAAAGAAUAUAAAAUCUACAUGGCACCAGGAAAUGUGUAUAAUUACCCCAAGCCAGGUUUCUUCAGAUUAACUUUCACCGUCCCCCCAGACCAUUUAGACCUUGGUUUACAGAGACUAGCUCGAUUCAUGGAAUCCUAUGAGACUCUCCCUCCCAUGUCAAACCUUCAAAUAUCCCGUUAA